UUCCGGAAGUAGCCGGCACUUGUGACAGGUGCAUGUGUGAGCUACCGAGAUAGCGGUUCUUGUGCCUUCGGGGAUAUGGAGAGCACAGGGCAGGAAGGGGGUACCCGAGGAGAGGGAAAUUGUGGGAGCUGUACGAAUACGUCGAGUGGAGAGGCGGGAAGCCCUCUGAAGAACAGAACUGGAGUCGCGAAAGCUCGUUGGAAGCUCCUGGGACAGGCUCUGAGGAAAAAAAGCUUGGAUGAUGACCAUUUGAAGAAAGUUUCUGUCAGAAGAUUUCAUUCGUUCUGUCUUUUCUCAAAGACUGCUGUGGAUGAGGAGAUCACAGAAGAUGGUUGUCAUACUUGGUAUCAGUACGCGUGUGCUUCUUAUCCCGAGUACAGUGUUUAUUUGAGGCACAAUUCUGGAGUUUUAAAUGUUGCUGAAAUCCUGACAAGUUUUGACAACACUGGGAAUGUGUGCGUCUGGCCUUCUGAAGAAGUACUGGCUUAUUACUGUCUGAAAAACAAAGACUUGUUCAGGGACCUUGCUGUGUGUGAACUAGGGGGUGGCAUGACAUGCUUGGCUGGGCUCAUGGUCGCUGUUUGUGCAGAUGCCAAAGAGGUCUUGUUAACUGAUGGGAAUGAAAAGGCCAUCAAAAAUGUGGCCGACAUUAUCAGAAGGAACAAAAACACAGAAGUACUUAGAAGUCAAUUGAUAUCCAGCAGUGUUUUACGAUGGGAUAAUGAGACAGACGUCUGUCAACUGGAAGGACAUUUUGACAUUGUUAUGUGUGCCGACUGCCUGUUUCUGGAUCAGUACAGAGCCUGCCUGGUUGAUGCAAUAAAGAGAUUACUACAGCCCAGUGGAAAGGCAGUGGUAUUUGCCCCAUCAAGAGGGAAUACGUUAAACCAGUUUUGCAAUCUUGCAGAAGCAGCUGGAUUUUCUAUCCAAAGACAUGAAGAUUAUGAUGAGCACAUAUCCAACAUCCACUCCAAGCUAAAAGAAGAAGAAAACGCAGUUUAUGAUGAGAACAUCCACUAUCCUAUACUUGUUGUUCUUUCCAAGAUUACAUAGAGAAGAUCUUCCUUGUUUAAACACGCUCCUGAGCAACGAUUUAACCAUUUAUUUCAAACCACCUUUUCAGCAUGACACAACAACAAAUUUCUUUAAUAAAAUGAGUCCACAUUUUAGUAAUAUCUCUUCGGGGAUAACACUUUUUUUUUUUUUU